AUGCCUCUCUGUAAAACUCGCCUCUCAUUCCACUCCGCCACUCAGGCCACCAGCGGCCACCACGCCGACUUUCAGCUCUCGGAGCUUCAGCGGCAGGUCGCCGAGCACCACCAGCUGCUGCACGCCCACAUUGGACGCGGCUCGGAGCCGCCGCGAAAGCCUCCGAAGGCUGGCGCCGAGGGGGAGGCCAAGCCGGCGGCCAAGCCGGCGGUUCGGGUGGCCAAGGGCGGGAAGGGCAUGGGAAGGAAGCGGGGCAAGGGCAAGGGCAAGGCGAAAGGAAAGGGAGAGGAGGAGGAGGAGGAGGAGGAGGAGGGCGGCAGCGAGGGCGGCGGCAAGGGGGCGGAAGCCGCCGCGGGCGGCGGCGCGGGCGCGGCGAGAGGUAGUGGCGAGGCAGCCGAGGACAAGGCUGCGGCGGGCGAGGCGGCGGAGGAGGAGAAGGCGACGGCGUCAGAGCAGGGGGGAAGGGCGCGCGGUGCACCUCCGAAUUCGAAAUCGUGUCCUCACGCUUAG